UAAUCAUUCAUCUAUGAGACUCGUAGGUGAUAAGGUGGUUAUAAUGGUUUCCAAGAUAAUUUUGAUAUUCAUAGCCAAAAUAUUGUGGACUGUCGCUUGGGAUAUGAGUGAUGUGGACGAUAUUGAUGACAUCGAUAUUUAUGAGAUCAAUACUGGAAAGGCUCCUUUUUUCGAACUACCUUGUAUGAAAAUUGGCGGUACUUGUGCAAAAGUGCAUGCUUGUCCACCCGGAACAAAAGUUGGCCAAAAAGGCCUGUGUCCCGAACAACAAAAAUAUGGCAUGGAAUGCUGUAGACCUCGGCAUAAGGCCGUGGCAGUAAGCAGUGGAAGUAGCACUGGAAGACAACACAUACCAGUUAAGUGGACAAUAAACAAGGAAGACAAAGGGAAGAGUUGGAAAAAGAAAGUUCAACCAAAACUAUUGUGGCGCACAAAGAGCAAGGGGUUAACCGAGUGUCGAUCCAGACACGGCGAAUGCGUCCCAAGAUCAUUCAGGUGUUCACCAGACCUUCAUGUGUCAGAUGCUACAGGGUGCGGAUUUAAGGAGACCUGUUGUUUACGAAUCCCAUUGCAUGCGAUGUAGAGACCCUUGCUAUUACUGCUCCAUUGUUAUUCUUUAAUGAUUCAAGUUGUGAGGAAUUGAGUAGCAGUAAUUCUGGGUCUACGUUUUUGUUACUGUUAUAUGAUUUUCUGUUGAAUUCAUUGGUUUUAUAUAUUUUUUUGGUAAUUAAGACAAAUCAGAAGUUUCCCUAUUAAUCAUACAAACAUUAUUAUAUCUGUAUCUAAUCAAAUGGAAACUAUAAAUUCUAAUUACAUAUUGUAUUAUUUUGU